AUGCAACAAUCUAGCAACUUCACCUUUGAUGGAUCAAUCAGCCUGGACACAUACCGUGUUCAAUGGUGUGGCAAAUUCGAGCAGCUUGAGCAAGACCUGGAACUCCUCAAACUUGCCAAAGACAUACCCACAGCCAGUGAUUGGGGAAUUCACUUUGACAGCCUGAAUAGUCAAGUGUUUGAAGGUAUUUAUACUGGAGAGGUUUUCAAGAACGUUCAUCCUGACAAGGAUUUCCAGAAAGAGGGUGCUACUGCAAAUGAUGCCUUUCAAAACCUGUCCUCCAGAAUUGAAAAGGAUCCUGCUCUUGCUGCCCUUGUUCAACAAAUGACCUUUGUUGAUCCUGCUGUGGAUCCGCAUGAACAACGUUUUGUUGAAAGGUGGCAGAGUAUAUUCAAAGACUCUGGUGCUACUUUGCCAGCAGAACAGAGGACCCAAUUGCUUGGAAUAGACAGGCAUUUGGCAGACCUUCGCACUCAAUUCUCAAACAAUAUUGUCAAUGCUCAAAGGAAAUGGCAAGUCCCCCUGUCUGACUUGGAGGGCAUGCCAGAUGACUUUCUCAAGUCUCAUCCGGUUGAUGUGGGCGGCCAUGUCACCCUGACUACCCAGUACAUGGACCUCCGCCGUAUAUUGACCUACUGCAAGACAGAUAAAGUCAGGCAGAAGAUCUGGUCUGAGUACUGCGCAAGAUGUCCAGAAAAUAUCCAGGUACUCCAGCAAAUCAUAGAAGGGUGUCAUACCAAGGCACAUAUUCUUGGAUAUCCAAACUAUGCCGCAUUUGACCUUCAAGGUCGACUCACUCUGAAGGGGCUUGACAAUAUCAAUCAAUUCAUUGACGAGGCCAUUGCUAUUGCAAAACCCUGCGCUUUGCAAGAAAAGAAAGCACGGGCUCAGGCAUAUGGUGCCGACAACUUGAAGGUCUGGCAAUCAGACUACGCCAAAGAGAUACUUUCACAACAUCACGCUGGAUUUGACAGCUCUCAGAUCAGGCCAUAUUUACGGGUUGGGAAUGUCCUCCCCCAGAUUGCGCUGUUGAUCCAGGAGCUGUUUGGUGUGCAGUUUCACCAUCGACCAGACAUCAAAGCCUGGACAGAGACUGGGGUUGAGUGCUAUGAUGUUUAUGACGAUGAACAAGGAAAGCUUAUGGGCAGACUCUACACAGAUCUUCAUCCCCGGGAAAACAAGCUUGACCAUGCUUGUGUUGAUGUUGUCAGAAAGUCAUAUGGCAAAGGUAACUUGCCAGAAGUAGUCCUGUUGGCAAACGUGCCUGAAGGGAACGACUCCUUAUUGACUUUCAAUGAAGUCUCAACCCUCUAUCAUGAAUAUGGCCACGUGAUACAUGCAUUAUGCGCUAGCACAAGUGUGUAUGGGCAGCUCAACAACUUGACCGUGGAAAGAGAUUUUGUGGAGGCUCCUUCUCAAUUUCUUGAACUGCACAUACUGCAGCCUGAGAUACUCAGACGUCUAGCAAUCAACAAAAAUGGACAAGUCAUACCUGACGAUCUAAUCAAGAAGCUUUGCAACUCUGUCUAUGGUGAUGAAGUCAUGUUUGCAAGUGAACAGAUCUCAUUUGCCAAGGCGGCCGUGACAUUCUACAGCAAGGAUAUGAUUGAUGGCAGGUACCCAGGCUCACCUCUGGAUGACUGGAAGGAUGUCUUGCAGGACAACCAUGCCUUUGGCUACGAAGAAGGGGAUCUUUUCCUUGCAUCUUUCCCUCAUCUCGGUCAAGCUGGGUAUGGACCAAAGUAUUACUGCUAUGUUUAUGCCUUGGCCAUCCGUGACGAAUUCUUUGAAGCCUUCAAAGCUGCUCCUGGUGGUCUAUUGGACAAGGAAAUGAGUCGCCGCUACCGGCGGAUUAUACUUGAGCCAGGAAGCUCCAGAGAUGCUUUUGAAAUGAUCACUGAGUUCCUUGGACGGCCUUUUACCAUUGAUGCCUUCAAAGCUCGGAUAUCAAAGAAGAUCGAUGUUGAUACACCAUGA